AGAAAACGUCGAAGAAGACAUUGCGGAAGUGCGGCUCCCAAACAGAUUCCCGUUGGAAGUAGAUCGCCUUCCUUUCAUUAAAUCACAUUAAAUCUUGGACUAAUAACCAUUUACCACUAAGACGAUGGGCACUAGAGAUGACGAGUAUGAUUAUUUGUUCAAAGUGGUCCUUAUCGGUGACUCGGGCGUGGGGAAGAGUAACCUGCUGUCUCGUUUCACCCGCAACGAGUUCAACCUGGAGAGCAAGAGCACCAUCGGGGUCGAGUUCGCCACGCGCAGCAUCCAGGUGGACGGCAAGACGGUGAAGGCCCAGAUCUGGGACACGGCUGGCCAGGAGCGCUACCGGGCCAUCACAUCAGCGUACUACCGCGGGGCGGUGGGGGCUCUUCUCGUCUACGACAUUGCCAAACAUCUAACGUAUGAGAACGUGGAGCGCUGGCUGAAGGAGCUGAGGGAUCACGCCGACAGCAACAUCGUCAUCAUGCUGGUGGGAAACAAGAGCGACCUGCGUCACCUCCGGGCCGUUCCCACCGACGAGGCGCGGGCUUUCGCCGAGAAGAACGGUUUAUCUUUUCUGGAGACGUCGGCUCUGGACUCCACCAACGUUGAGACGGCCUUCCAGACCAUCCUGACAGAGAUCUACCGCAUCGUCUCCCAGAAGCAGAUGUCGGAGCGUCAGGAGAGCGACAUGUCGCCCAGCAACAACGUGGUCAACAUCCAGGUGCAGCCCACCGAGAACAAACCAAAGAUGCAGUGCUGUCAGAACAUCUAGCCCCGCCCCUUCCCCCAGGUAAAUACAUCCCAGUAUAAGAAGUCACCGCGUGGGGUGACCCCCCCCACCACCCACCCCAAGCAGAGCCCCUCUGUCGUUAGGCUACUGCAGGACAGCAGGCAUUUCAUAUCACUUUAGAUUUCAUUACUGUAGAUGCGCUGACGUCUCACGAAAAUGUCUUAAUAUAUGAAUGUGAUUUGUUUUUCUUCAUACUUUGUGCUGAUUUUUUUUCCACAUUUUUAUGAUCUCUUCUUCUCUUGUCUCGGUUCAUAUAUCUACUACUGGAUAUGAAUUUAAAGCACAUCAAAGUUGCUCUGAAGUUAUGUCAUCUUAGCCCCCCCCCCCCCCCCCCCCUCAGUGCAAUGUACUGUUUUGGAAAAACCACGUGGAUUGUAUCGAGCACAGCGUGGAGCUGAUGAAACGUAGAAGCUUUUGUUUGUUUUUUUGCAUUUGUCGAGCUUCAGUUCAGCAGCUUUGCAUGUCUUAAGAAAAAGAAAGAUGGCCGCUCUGCUGCGCUGCAUGUUUUACCAGGUGAAAGCUUUCAAAUCUGGAUUCUGAAGUGGAACCCUCGUCAUCGCCUGUAGUUUUAAAAGCUGAACGCUCUUGGUGUCCGACUGUCAGCGUGGCUUCAUACGGAGAUAGUCACCGUUACACCGGGCAGGGUUUCCUGAUCGAACAACGCGUCCAUAUUUGACUACAACUAUGCAGAAACUAGCACAUGGCUGUUUGGAUUUUGUGUUUCUUUGUGCACCUCUAUAGCAAAUGAAGGAAUUAAAUCACAGCGUUCUCUUAUAUUAUAAUCAAAAGUUAUGCUUCGCAUGUAACCACAGAACUGUAGUUAGGAGACACCUGAGAGGAAGUAGGAAAAGGAAACAAUCGGGCACUGAAACCUCAACAGUUAAACACGCGUUCUUGUUUGUUUUUACUGCACAAUGGGAGAAUCUGGACCUCGUUUUUUAAAAAACAACAACAAAAGGUUAAGUUCAGCACGGCUGCGUCUCAAACGUCUUUUCCUCGACUCCUGACAGAGGAAGGGUUCGGAUGAAGGAGUCGAGAAAACACUUUUCAGCCACAUUCUUGCCAACUCCUGGUGCCUCCCUUUCACCGCGUGUCUCAUUCACCCGCUAACGACUCGCCAUCGUACACCGAGCUGCCUCUGACUUCAACCCAAUGCAUGGCUUUCUGUUACGACUGCAACUCCGUGUCGUAUCGCCUUAUGUAGCUAACAUUUACUGUCCCGUGAAAUCUGCUGAGCUUUAGGCUAGACUAAGCUAGGCUAGUUAGCAUGACAAGCUAAUUGUUGCCCGAUGGUGUUAGCGGACGUGUAGAAUGCCUGAACGUGGUGUGCGUGUGUGUUUAGAGGCAGCGGGUAGAUGGGUAGCUCUGGAGCGAGUGAACCUCGGCUGGCGGUGCCAAUGGCGUUUUUUUUUUUCCUGGAACAGACGGCGCCGCCAGCCGAGCCUCUCCAGACUCACGUGGCAAUCUGUGGACGAUCUCCUCCCCUUCUGGAAAUAUGAUUUCUGAUCCUGUUCCAUGUACUUCCAUUGUUCUGUGUUUUUUUAAGACGUGUAUUUUUUCUUCUUUUUUUACUAUAUUGAACUCUAUAACUGACUGUAAUUCCAGUGUAAAAUGUGUUCAGAGUGAAAAUAGGGGUUAAAUGUGAGAGGGGGGUCAAAAUGAAUGGUUUUAUGUUUUGUACAGAUUGAUAAAUUGUACAAUUGUCUAUAUCUUAAGUUAUCAGUUCAUCUUAAUAAAGCGCACCAGUCAUAAACCUUUA